AUGCCCUUUUUAUACCGCCAGACGGGACGGAAAGUACGCCGCACAUCCAAGGCCUAUCCAGACUACAGGGCCUUUGAGACGGCGCUCCACAACGCGGUCUUCUCCACUGCCAUACCGCCCACGGAGCACACAGACACCGACCCGAUAAACAUGGGACGAAAAUCCCAGCGGAUAGCUACAGGUGCGUGCAAAGAUACCCAAGACAUUAGCACCAUGCUCCAGCGCACAGCGGCACCGAAAAUGGCGGCCACACCCGACCCAGACACAGGCUCCACGUGCUCGGAACUUGCCCUGGGGGACACCCUAGAACAUCACUCA